CGGACCUUCCCGGACACCGUGGAUGCGGUGUAACACACCAAUAUGAUGCAUCUAUUGACUUCACGACCAAGAGAUGCUGCAGCAAUAUAUUCUACCACUUCGCUGACGCUCUAGAAAUUCCCUCUUGAUAUCAGGAAUGAUCUCUCUUUGCCUUUCAAAUGGCGGUGUCAUCAUCUAAUCCAGAGCCUCUGACCAUGGGCAACAGCACCAAAGAGUUCUCAACUCGAUCUGUGAUCGUCCUUGUCGGUGCUUUCUUUGCCAACUUUUGUACACUGGGGUUCCAAGAUGCAUUUGGUGUCUUCCAGGAAUACUAUAGCCAUCCACUUCUGCUGCUUGGUGGUUUUGGCACAUGUUUUGCCAUUUUCAUGGCUUCUCUGUGCAAUAGAUUAUAUGAGUUCAUACUCUCCCAAGGCGCUCUUCUCGGGGCGAGCAACGCCUUUCUCCUCUGUCCUCCUAUGGCGAUCGUCUCCCGACUCUUUGAUAAACACCGUGGAGCCGCAAUAGGUACCGCGGUCACUGGUGCUUCAAUUGGAGGUAUUGUUUGGCCUCUUAUGCUCGAUCAGCUUCUGAACAAGAAUGGUGUUAGUCUUGGCUGGGCGUUACGUACCGUCGGAUUCACGAUGUUGUCUCUCUGCAUUUUCAUUAUUCUGGUCACUCGAAUGCCCCAAGGGAUGAGAGAUGAUACCCAUGAUACUAUUCAGGCACCGGGCCAAGAAAAGAAUGCACCCAAUCAGGGACCGGAAGCUAAUGAGAUUGCUCAAGGGAAUGUGAAAAUUACGAAAAACCCAACCUUUUACGUGCUCUGUAUUGGGUUUAGCAUUGCCUGUUUUGGCAUAUACACACCCUCUAACUUUGUCUCUACCUACGCAGUCGACCGUGGUCUAUCAGCAAGUCUAUCAUUUUAUCUCGUGUCGAUUCUCAACGGGGCUUCCUUUGUGGGGAGACUGACUACAGGGCUUUUGGUUGACCGGUUUGGAAAUUUCAACUUGCUGUUCAUGAACACGGUAUUAUCUGGGAUAAUCUCCAUGUGUUGGACUAAGGCUACUACUCUAGCUGGGAUUAUCAUUUUCACGCUGGCAUAUGGAUUUAGCUCUGGUUCAUUUUACGGUUGCCAAAUUCCCUGUGCAGUGCAGCUGGCUCCUCCUGGAUCACAGGGUGCUGCGUUAGGGUUAAUCCUAGCUGCCCCUGCUAUUUCAAGCUUGGUCGGCCCUCCUAUCAGCGGAUAUUUGGUCAAACAUGGCUAUCUCGAUGUUUCCAUGUAUGCCGGCGCAACUCUACUCGCAGGUGCCUUGUUGAUUUUGUAUGCACGCUUCCGUCAGGCCCGCGAAGUAUUCGCCAAGGUUUGA